AAGAGGAGGCAGCGACCGCGGGGCCGCAGGGCUCUGCCGGCUGGAAGCCCGGCGCCAGGAGCACCCCUCGGGACGCAGGACACCCCCGAGCCCCCAGCAGCGGCGACCUGACGGGUAUGGAGCUGGACGAGGCCCCCGAGACCAGCACGCGCCCAGCUGGGACCAAAUGGGCCGAGGAUGCAGAGGAGGAGCCCUCGGAGAUCCAGGGCCUGCUGGCCCAGCUCGAGACCCUCGACCCCAACCUCUGCGACCGCUCGCCCACCUCAGAGCGGGGCCCACUGCCCUCCUCGAGCGCUGGCACAGCCCGUCUGGCAGGUGAGCAGAGCCGGCGGAGCUCCCGGGAGUGCCAGGGCAAGUGCCGGCCCUGCCCGCUGCAUGUGGCCAUGGGCCGGGGCCUGGAGACGCAGCCCUGCUGCGCCCAGCACUCAGCCUGCUCCCGGCCCUGCCACGGCCUGCUCUUUGCCGAGGCUGACCGCGAGGACUUGCUGAGCCUCCUGUGCUAUGAGGGGGGGCUGCCUGAAGCCAGCACCGAGACACCCUUGGCCCGCUCCGAAGUCCUGGCUGGAACCAACCUGGAGAUGCUGCAGGCUCGGGAGGAACUGGCCACUGUGGAGAAGCCUGAAGGGCUGGGGAGGCCGGAGAGCUCAGAGGAAGGACCUUCUGGCGGCUGGUAUUACGGAGAGGGGCUCUGCGAGGUCGACUCUGCCUGUGAGGGCAAUCGGGAUGGUUCCCCGGAGCCCGCCUGGGUGGCCCUGCCUCCUGCUCCGGCCCCCGAGGCAGAGCAGCCAGCCCAAGGCGCUGUGACCAAGAGGGAACCCCCAUCCUCCUGUCCGGCCUUCAAAGAGGUUCCAGGCCCUUGCGACCCAGAGGAUCUGCUGGACGGUGUGAUUUUUGGGGCAAAGUACCUGGGCUCCACGCAGCUGGUCUCAGAGAGGAACCCCCCGACCAGCGUCCGCAUGGCCCAGGCCCAGGAGGCUGUGGACAGGAUCAAGGCACCGGAGGGGGAGUCCCAGCCCAUGACGGACGUGGAUCUGUUUGUCUCCACACAGAGGAUAAAGGUGCUCACGGCCGACACGCAGGAGGCCAUGAUGGAUCACUCGCUCCAGACCAUCUCCUACAUCGCCGACAUCGGCUCCCUCGUGGUGCUCAUGGCGCGCCGGAAGCUGCCUCGGCGGUCGGAGGUGGCGGAGGAAAAGAGGCUCUACAAGAUGAUCUGCCACGUCUUCCACUCGGCUGACGCCCAGAUCAUUGCUCAGGCCAUCGGGCAGGCGUUCGGUGUGGCCUACCAGCACUUCCUGGAGGCCAACAGCAUUGACCCAAGCGAGCUGAGCCCUCGCCAGUACAGCCGUGCCCUCGAGGACCAGGAGCAAUACAACACAGAGCUGACCCACUUCUCCCGGCAGGAGAACUGCAAGGAUGUCUGCAUCCGGAAGCAGAAGGGGGAGAUCCUGGGCAUCGCCAUCGUGGAGUCGGGCUGGGGCUCCAUCCUGCCCACGGUGGUCAUCGCCAACCUGAUGCACGGGGCCCCUGCGGAGCGCUCGGGCGAGCUGAGCAUCGGAGACCGCCUCAUGUGCGUCAACGGGACGAGCCUGGUGGGGCUGCCCCUCGCCACCUGCCAGAGCAUCAUCAGGGAGCUGAAACACCAGACAGAGGUGACGCUGAACAUCGUGCACUGUCCCCCUGUCACCACAGCUGUCAUCCGGCGCCCCGACUCCAAGUAUCAGCUGGGCUUCUGUGUUGAGAACGGUGUGAUCUGCAGCCUGAUGCGCGGGGGCAUCGCAGAGAGAGGCGGCAUCCGCGUGGGGCACCGCAUCAUCGAGAUCAACGGGCAGAGCGUGGUGGCAACGCCCCACGAGAAGAUCAUCCAGAUCCUCACGCAGGCGGUCAGCGAGGUCCACAUCAAGACCAUGCCAGCCUCCACGUACCGCUUACUGACCGGGCAGGAGCAGCCUCUCUUCCUAUGAGCCGUUGGGGCCCAGGCAGGAGCGAGCCCGGGGCCACAACAAGCUCUGCCUCUGCCCCAGCACCCUUAUCGGGGCCCUCUGGUUCCCAGCAGGGCCUAAUCCUGCACCUCUGCGGUUUUACUCAGGACACAUUGGGAGACUCUGGGGGCCUGACACCCAUCUUGAGCAGUGUCAGGGCCUAUGGUGGAGGUUUGGGCACCUCCCCGUCCAUUCCACCCCUCCCUGCCUCUCAGUGCCUGCACAGUGCCUCUCCUGCUGCUUCACGGUCCCUUCGCCUUGGCCUGGGGCUGGCAGGAGAGGGGGCCCUGCACGAAAGGUCAUCCCGUCCCGUGACCACAGGUAGUGCUUUUACACUCACCGAUGGUGCCUUUCCCGCCGUGGGGAUGGUGCUGGAAGCACACAGCUCCGGGGCUCGCCCUAAGCGCAGUCCCAGAGCAGCACUGACCCUGCACACCAGCGUUGUGUGGGUGCAGGCUGGCACCCCCAAGGGCUCCCAGACUCAGCCUUAAGGACAGCAGCACCCUUGGCACCCCUUCUUCCUCCCUGGCUUUGCCAGGGGCCUGGUGGGGGUGCAAACAAAUUCACGUUAGAUCUGUUGCACCAAGCUGGGAAACUACCUCUGCUUCUCCCUGGUGCUGCCUUUACCUGCUCUGCACGCACACACAGCCGGGGCGUGGGGUCGCAGCCCUUGGGGCUGUCCUUGGGCACAGCGAAAGGGAAUGCAGCCCUGCCCGGUCCCACACCCCAGGGAGCCUCAGGGACCAGCCCCUGGUGAUGUGUUUUUUCAUGAGAGGGGCUCUGGGCCCCUACGGCCGAGGCAGCGCUGACCUGACUUCACCUGUGUGCUUGGUUGAUGUAAAAAUAAAAAGUU